CCAGAAGAACACAGCAAUGAGCAGGCAGUCAGGGACAAAGGGUAAUAUACCCACUUAGUCUCCAGUUUCGGAGGAAGUCCUUUUCUUCACUACGGCGAUUUUCAGGAAUUUCACACCAAAGACACGUCUGUUGCCCUGCCUAGUGGAUAAUGACAGCUGUCAACAUGCCCGUAAACUAAACGCCGCCACAGCUACCACGUAUACAAAAGCUCCACUUCUCGUCAAUCUUUUCGCGAAGCCAGCCAGCUGUCAUUGCUUGGUUUACUCUCUAACUAUGUAUUCAAUAAACUUACAGGCACUCCUGUCUUUCCUCCUUCUUGUGCUCCCUGUCCUCUCAUAUGGCAGGAAUCCUCCAGGCAACAAUGCCAUCCUUCUCUCUAAUGUGCAGACGUUGACUCUGCGCGGAAAUCGCCUCACAACCUCUCGCCGUGUGGAUCCCAUUCCCCAAUUAAAAUGCACCGGGCCAUCUAAGAGGAUAUGUGACCUAUAUCCCAUUGAUGUAAUGCGGUGCACCAACGCAGGCUACGACUAUGAUGAAGAAGACGUCCAGUGGACCUGUACCGCAUCACUCCCCCAAGAGUUCAAGCUUGGCUCAACAGAUGUUGUCUGCGAGGGAUACCGAAAUGCAGAUGACAAGUGGGUACUGAAAGGCAGCUGUGGUGUAGAGUACCGACUCUUGUUGACGGAACUUGGGGAACGGAAAUUUGGACGUGUACGCGAAGAAACUUGGCCUAGAAUGCCGUCGAAUAACAAAGGGGAUGGUACGGGUUUAGUAGAUAUACUCUUCUUUAUGUUUAUGGGUGUGGCUUUUUUUGUGAUUCUGGUAGCCAUAUGUGGAGCAUGUUGCGGUUCGCGAGGAAACCGAAGAGGCCGUUCUCCUGGUCGUGGGUUUGGUGGAGGUGGAGGUGGAGGUCCAUAUCCUGGGCCUCCACCACCAUAUAGCAGCUGCCCGGAUAGUAGUUCUUUCGCGUCGGCGCCUGCUGGACAGGGCUGGAGGCCCGGCUUCUGGACAGGUGCCCUGGGUGGUGCUGCGGCUGGCUAUCAAUAUGGAAGCAGAAAUCGCCACGAAUAUCCUUCUGCUAGCCGACGAACGACCUCCUUCGGCAGAUGGAAUGAUGCAAAUGAUCCUGGCGAAGGCAGCUCGCGGUCUCGUUCUCCUCGGUUCUCGACUCCGACUACAAGUACAGGGUUUGGUUCCACAAGGCGUCGGUGAUAUGGGACAAGAUGUAUCUUAGGGGCUUCAAAUGGUUCGCGCAACAAGUUAUAUAUUACUCUAGCGAUUUGCCUGAAACCAUGCUAGACAAAGGGAAAUCCAGUCCAUGAGCCAGGAAUCAAACGCCAUGACCCGCGAAGAAACGGAGCAGACCGAUCUGAACGGCAACUAAGCCGGGAAA